AUGUGUCCUAACUAUUGCUACUAUCUUGAAACAGGUCCAUCAGAUAGAUAUGCUGCCGUUUUAAAGUCACACGUUCACCGUUAUUUAAACGAAGGACACGAUGUUUCAACAGCUGCUCAAUUUAUAGCCGCAUGUGCUUCACAUGGUGAUGUGAAAAAUAUUCAUGCAUUUGAAUGUCACGUGACUCCUACUCGUUCGAAAACUAAAGUUAAAAUUAACGAUACCACUAAACUACAUAAUUUUAUCUAUGAAUCAAUUGCUAUUCGUUCGUAUCGCGUUUGGAAUAUAGGGAUUGGUAAGAUGAUUAUGCUUGACGGAAAUUCACGCGUUUUGCCGAACAUUAAUUCUCUCGUUUGCGUUACUCAUUCUCCGGAACCAGAUCGACUCGUAAAUCCUUCUGUAGGUGAUCGGCUGAAUGAUACCGUAUCAUCAGUAUCCAAAGAUGCUGAUUCUAACGAUCAAGAAAGAUCGAAACCAAAAUUAUUCUUUUGUGAUUACGAAGGGUGUAUUAGUCGCUUCCUAAACUAUGGUAAUCUUCUUCAUCAUAUAGCUAAUGGUAAUCAUAUUGAACGAGUCGAAAAAUUAUCAAUGAAAGAUGUCGCAAUGAUUACUUAUAAGUCUAAGUUAGAUACUGCUGAGAACCAACAGCUUUUAUUUCUUGAACUACAGAAAAUUAAUUUCAAUCGGGAUGAUUACAAUCAUAUGCCAACAUUAAAACAAGGAUAG